CUAGAAAGCAGGCACAAGGCAGAGAAAGAGAAAUGGGGUUGGGUGGGGUGGGUACACUGGGGGUGGGAGAAAGGGGAGAAAUGUAUUGCAGCUCUCUGGUUUCCAGUGCUGGCUCUGCUCUGGAGGAUCCAGCACUGAAUCUGAGUGCAGAGCUCUCUGUCUCUGGGCUGGUGCUGUGCGGUAGGAGUUAGAAUAAGCAGCCAACAUGUCAAAGAGAGACCCACGGGACAUUGAUGAGGAUGCUAUCCUCAGCGGGCUCAGUGCAGAGGAGCUGGAGCAGCUCGAGUAUGAGCUGCAGGAGAUGGACCCUGAGAAUGCAAUGCUCCCAGCUGGCUUUCGUCAGCGUGAUCAGACUAAGAAGAGUCCAACAGGUCCAUUUGACCGCAGUGCUCUGCUCGAUCACCUGGAGAAACAGGCUCUGGAACAUCAAGACCGGGAAGACCUGGUGCCCUUCACCGGGGAGAAGAGAGGGAAGAAAUUUAUUCCCAAACCUGGAGCAGGAAAGAUCCCAGAAGAGGAACAGAUCACUCUGGAGCCAGAGUUGGAAGAAGCUCUGAAAAAUGCCACGGAUGCUGAGAUGUGUGACCUUGCAGCCAUCCUGGGAAUGUAUAAACUGAUGAGCAAUAAGCAGUACUAUGAUGCUCUUGGUGCUACUGGUAAAAUUGCUAACACAGAAGGCAUCAGCAGUGUGGUAAAACCUGAUGUGUAUAAGAUCUACCCGGAUGAGCCUCCCAAUGACACAGAUGUUGAAGACACACUGCGCAGGAUCCAGAAGAACGACAGCAGCCUGACAGAGGUCAACUUCAACAACAUCCCGGAUAUUCCCAUCCCGACGCUGAAAGAGCUCUUCCAGGGUAUGAGGCAUAACACUCAUGUACUGAGCUUAAGCAUUGCUGCUACACGCAGCAAUGAUCCUGUGGCUUACGCCAUAGCAGAGAUGUUAACAGAGAACUCUACACUGGAAAGCCUGAACAUCGAGUCUAACUUCAUCACUGCUGAGGGAAUGAUGGCUAUCAUUAAAGCUCUGUCUGAAAACACCACCCUAGCUGAAAUCAAGAUUGACAAUCAGAGGCAGAAACUGGGAGAUUCAGUGGAGAUGGAGAUUGCCUCUAUGUUGGAAAACAACUCGAGCAUCCUAAAGAUUGGCUACCACUUCACCCAGCAGGGCCCUCGUGCCAGAGCAGCCAUGGCCAUCACUAGAAACAAUGACUACUUCCGCCAGCAGAGGAUGAGAUGAGCUGAAGGCUAUGAUGGUCUUUGUCGGAGCACUGCUAUGAAGACUCAAGACAUUGACACAGACUAGCCUGCAAUGCUUUAACCAUUUAUUCAUCUCCCAUUGUGGAUAUCAUUAACGCCAGCCCUGCUCUGUGUUUGUAUACACUGAGGUUCAUCAAGCCAAAUGUGUUCUCACUUAAUAAAAAUCAUGUGCUUCCAAUAUAUCAGAGUUUGUAAACUUGUAAAAAGACAAUACUUGAUCAUCUCUUGAGCCAUGAUUUUUUUUUUGGAAUAUGGUGCUUCUAACAAAAAGAUCUGUACAUAUUUUAAAUAAAAUGUUAUCUUUUUCAUUGUCUAA